AUGGCACCAAAUCUAACAUUCGGGCCGAGGGGCGAUCAAUGGCAUUACAUUCGAAGCUCGAAGAGAUACGACCUCAGCCGCGGGGGGUCCAACAGGUUCACCAUUGGUACCACACAGGGUCCGCCAGAGACGUCGGUUACCAUCAAUCCUGAUGUCUCGGCCUUGGUCGUGGUGGACAUGCAGAACUACUUUCUCGACUCGAAGGUUGUCUGGCUGAACUGGGGCCUGACGGAUGAAGACCUGGCUACAAUGCCAGCGAGCGUCGCCCGCAGCUUUGCGCGCACCCGCAUCAACGAGGACGACGACAAGCCGCCGCGCAACGGUCUCGGGUUUGACCUCGGGGACGGCAUGGGGCGGAUGCUGGUGGCCGGCGAGUGGAACUCGGAGAUAUACCCGCCCCUGGCGGCCGCGGUCAGCCCCAAAGACACGCACUGCGCCAAGAACCGCAUGUCGGGGAUGUGGAACGAGAAGCAGCCGCUGUGGAAGUACCUCGAGGAAAGCGGCAAGAGGACGUUGCUCUUCACUGGCGUCAACACCGACCAGUGCGUCCUGGGGACUCUGACGAACGCCUACACUGCGGGCUGGGAUUGCAUCAUGCUUGCGGACUGCUGUGCCACGACCACUGUCAACGGACACGAUGUCUGCGGGUACAAUGUUUCGAACUCCUACGGCUUUGUAACUGACAGCAAGGCAUUUACCUCAGGGGUUUCGGAAUGA